AUGGAUCACACGGGGCAGUAUCGUGGUUAUGCACCCGACCUUGAUGGUGAUAACACAUACGCAGUUUACAAAGUUAUACAGCCUGGAGAUGGGGCUGCUAUCCAAGCCGCCAUCAAUGAUGAUAAUGGGAAGGCCCGUCAUGGUCAAUGGCUAGCCUCUCAGCCACGAGUUGUCUAUAUUCCCCCGGGGACAUACGAAAUCACUGAGACGAUUCGAAUGAAUACCGAUACUGUGUUAAUGGGAGAUGCCACCAAUCCACCAAUUAUCAAAGCUUCGGCGACCUUCUCAGGAGAUCGGACCCUUGUCUCAGGCCAGGAUCCUACAACUGGUGAUGCUGGAGAGCUGUCGUUUGCUGUUGGCCUGAAGAAUCUCAUUCUCGACACAACAGCUAUCCCUGGAGGCGACACGUUUACGGCGCUCUGGUGGGGCGUUGCACAGGGCGCUCAGCUUCAGAACAUCAAGAUCACCAUGGCCUCAGCAGUCGGGGGUAGUGGCCAUACUGGAAUUCGCCUUGGGCGAGGAUCCACCUUGGGUCUUUCCGAUGUGCGCAUCGAGCGUGGACAGAACGGCAUCUGGCACGAUGGGCACCAGCAAGCACUUUACAAGAGCAUUUACUUUUACCAGAACACCGUUGGCAUGCUCAUUACGGGAGGGAACACGAUCAGCAUCGUCGCCCCUAUAUUUGAUACUUGCGGGACCGCCGUGAGGAAUACUGGUGGUUCCCCCUGGAUUGCUCUGAUCGACGCCAAGUCUGUCAACUCUGGAGUCACCUUCGUCACGACUGUGUUUCCUUCAUUCAUGAUUGAGAACCUCAGUAAGGACACCGACUCGGACAUUGCACAAGUCCCUGGAGGCACCGUCCUCGGUGCUCAAAGCCAUGUUGAUACCUUUACCUACGCCAACACUGUCGGGCGAGAUCCUAUCUAUGGCGCUACAAGCUCAACUAACACCCGUCCAGCCGCUCUGGCACCAGGUGGCCGCUUCCCUGUGGUGCCUGCGCCCAACUAUGCCUCGAACCCCACCGCAGACUUCAUUAAUGUAAAAGAUCCGUCCCAGAAUGGAGGUCAUACAGUGCUUGGUGACAACACUAUCGACGAGUCGGCUGUUCUCAAUCGGAUCUUGCAGUAUGCAGCCGACAACAACAAGAUCGCCUAUUUCCCAUUCGGCAAGUAUCGAGUUGACUCUACCCUCCUUGUUCCAGUAGGUUCUCGGAUUAUUGGGGAGGCCUGGUCCACAAUCACAGGCAAUGGAGCCUUCUUCAAAGAUUUGUCUAAUCCAAAGCCUAUUGUUGCUGUCGGGAACCCCGGUGACGUCGGCCUCGCUCAGAUCCAAGAUAUGCGAUUCACCGUCUCAGAUGUCCUUCCAAGAGCCAUUAUUCUUCAGUUCAAUAUGCGGGGGACAUCUCCGGGUGACGUUGGUCUCUGGAACUCGCUGAUCACUGUUGGCGGCACCCGUGGAGCAUCUACCUUAACCAACACAUGUCAUGACCCUAGUAGUGAAUGCCAGGCUGCUUUUCUCGGCAUGUACUUUGCACCAGACUCGUCUGCAUAUGUCGAGAAUGUGUGGAACUGGGUGGCAGACCACAUCACUGAAAGCUUCGCCGGAGGAUCCAAUAUCGCAGCGAAAGGUGGCGCCCUCGUUGCAUCAACAAAAGGCACAUGGCUCCAUGCGCUGGGCAGUGAGCACUGGUGGCUAUAUCAGCUCAAUCUUCACCAAGCCAGCAACGUCCUCAUCACGUUACUACAGUCCGAGACAAACUACGACCAGGGCGACCAUGUCCAGCAAACUCCCCCAGAGCCAUGGGUUGCAGAUAUCACGAACUGGGGCGACCCAGACUUUUCCUGGUGCAGCGGUGGUGAUACCCGUUGCCGAAUGGGAUUUGCCAACUUUAUCCAGGGGGGAUCCGACAUCUACACAUAUGCUUCAGCUUCGUGGGCCUUCUUCAGUGGCCCGGGCUAUCAGCCCUGCGCUGGCGCCUACCAAUGCCAAAACUACAUGCACUGGAUUUCCGAAACCCCCAGAAACCUACAAGCAUUUGGUCUUUGCUCCAAAGAUGCAUGGACGACUCUGCAUCUUGCAGACGGAACUAAUAUUGUGUCACAGGAUGGAUUUACUGGCUCGUGGCCAGGAGGUGGUGGUGAUGUUGGUCGAUACACACCCGGUAAUAUUUAG